CGCUCUGUGACUCCUCCUCCAAGUGGGCGUGGUGAAGUCUGAUUGACAUGUUGUUGUGAUCAGAAACCGGUUUGGCCCAGCAGGGCUCGCUUGACGGAGUGCGGGAUGUGGCUCCUGAGAUGCUGCGUCCUGGCCCCCCAAUGGGGAAGGGGCCGCAGUCACUGUGAAGAUGCUGCUUAUCGUUUAUCAUCCUGCAGGGGGAGCCUGUGAGCCGCCCAUCAGGCACCAGAUUCCCCCUGAAGUAUAAGUCAUGGUAGGAAUGGCAAUGGAGGACCCUGGUGCCCCCCGAUGUGGGAUCACACCACUACAGCAAAUCGUGGCCUCAGGGACUGGCGCUCUUCUCACCUCACUCUUUGUGACGCCCCUUGACGUCGUGAAGAUCCGGCUACAGUCACAGAAGAAACCAUUCUCCAAAGUAAUGUCUGUAAAGUCUCUUCCCCGGGCACCCCCCUUGCGCCAUCCCACAUGGCGCUGCUUCCUGUACUGUAAUGGUCUGAUGGAUCAUCUGUUUGUGUGCCAGCAUGCUACGGCUUGUAGUACCUGGUAUCGAGCACCCACCUACUUCAAUGGCACAUUGGACGCCUUUGUAAAGAUAACACGUCAUGAGGGUCUAACAUCACUGUGGAGUGGCCUCCCCCCUACCUUGGUGAUGGCGGUGCCUGCAACCAUUAUUUAUUUCACCUGUUAUGACCAGCUGAGGGAUUUUCUCUGUUACAACAUGGGAUACAGCGGAAGUCACAUCCCUCUCAUUGCUGGAGCUCUUUCCCGCAUGGGGGCAGUCACUGUCAUCAGCCCUCUGGAGUUAAUCCGUACAAAACUGCAGUCACAACAGCUUUCUUAUAUGGAGCUAGGAGCCUGUCUGAGGUCUGCAGUGUCCCAGAGCGGAUGGUUGUCACUAUGGAAGGGCUGGGGACCUACAGUGCUGAGGGACGUCCCGUUCUCAGCUCUGUAUUGGUUUAACUAUGAGCUGGUGAAGAAGAAGCUCAGUGACACUUGGGGGAUGUCGGAGUCGCAGUUUCUCCUCAGCUUCACAUCAGGGGGCUUGUCUGGAGCUGUGGCUGCCAUCCUUACUUUACCUUUUGAUGUAGUGAAAACUCACCGACAGAUUGAGCUUGGAAACAUAGACAAAGGAUCUUCAAGACGACAGAAAUCUUCCACGUGGGGGGCCAUGCGCAUGAUCAAAGCAGAAUCUGGAACUCGUGGACUUUUUGCAGGGUUCAUGCCGCGAGUCAUUAAGGUGGCCCCCGCUUGCGCCAUCAUGAUUAGCUCUUAUGAAUUUGGGAAGAAUUUUUUUCAAAAGAGGAACCAGGAGAAGCUUCAGAAUCUGUAAAGUUCUAAAGAUAAUCACAACCAAGCGAAUUCUAGCUCUUAAGUUCUUCUUGGAUCAGAAGAAUGAAAUAACAUACUGCAAACAAUGAUCAUACGGAUCACAAAUAAGCUGCGGGUCCAGAGUAGUUAUUCCUCUUUAAAAAAAAAAAAAAAAAAAAAAAAGGCAUUUAAACCAGGAUGUGCUUAAAGCAACAACCUGCAAUGGCCGAAUCUUACCGCAUCCUGUAUCUGACAGCUAGCGACAGACCUGGGACAAGUGCUAUGUCUCAUGCAUUCUAUAUGGUCUUUAGGUGGGUAUAGGCAAUAGCUCUGGGGGUACUCAUUCACUGCAUAAAUGCUCUAGUUUAGAUCUAAUGAAUAGGUCCACGACUCUUAGUUACAAUUCUAUAAUGCCAUUUUUACAUUCCAAUUCCAUAGAAGACUCUCUUUAAUGGCUGGAUGGGAAUUUCCCUUUAGAAACCUAUUUCUAUGUUGAUUAUCAAGUUGUGACUGUCAGGUCCCGGGAUAGAUUUCACAGUCGUCUAUCUAUAGAAGGUAGGAAAAAAAAUGGGCGAUGUGAUAUCAGACCAAAGAUGAUAAUCUGGAUAUGUUACUUUGAUCAGUGCUUUGUUCAUGCUGUGACUAUGGAGGACCAAAAUGUAGAACCUCGAGCUAUUAAAGGUCUAUGGGUGGAAUUUGGUGCCUGUGUCCGCGCAGGAAAGAAUUGGAAGUCUAAGAUCAGGCGGAUAAUAGAUGAGCCUGGAGGACCUGUUGGGUUGCUGUAGAGCAAUAGAAGCAGCAGCUCAAUAUGAUGGAUUGGAUUUCGAAGGAAACUCAAAUCAGAGACUUAAAACCACUGGACGUGACUGAAUAGCUCUGUUUGGAACCCUUCGAAGUCUUCUCUCCCAGUCACCUUCCCACCAAACUUUAAUGUCCUGGUGUAGAUGGCGCUGGAGCUACGUUUGUGGACUUGUCCUAUGAAGUGCCUAUACACCUGUAGGAAGUUUUCCUCAUCCACUGCUGCCCAAGCGUGAAAGUAGCAAUGAAAGGGAAGGGCUGACACAACCCGCUUCUCUUCCUUCCUGUUAUUGUUGGAUUUUUUUUUUCUUUUUUUGUACUUUGUUGUACAUGGAUAGUAUUGCCUUGUUUUCUAUGCAUAGCUAAAGUUGCAGUCUGUUUUGUGAUCCAUGGGGAACACCAUAUCAGGUGUUUUUUCAAACCCAGGAGUAUUUUGGGUCAUUGGUUGGUCAUUACAGAUAUUGAAGGGGAUCCAGAUCAAAUUUCAGAGGUUUUCCUAAUAUAAGUACUACAUCAAAAAUCACCUUAAAGGGGUACACCGGCACUAAGACAUCUUUAUCCCCUAUCCAAAAGAUAGGGGAUAAGAUGCCUGAUUGCUGGGGACCCCCGUGAUCUUGCACGCAGCACCCUGUUAUAAUCAGUCACCGGAGCGUGUUC